AACAGUACUAAAAACCAAACACACACUGACACCACUUUAUUUCAUACUCAUACGGUUGAUCAUUGAUACGAAGGCGCUAACGGUGCAGUGAUGGUGCAAUCGAAAUUAAGUCUACAAGCACAAACCUAAUUAAAGCAUUGUAAGUAAAGUGGCUAAAGAAACAGAUAUCCCUCUAAGAUGGCUGUAGAGGAGUUCGUCGGGAAAACUCUUGAUCUCCUGGACAAGGAGAGAGAGGCUGAAAUUGAAGAAACUCAGUCUCUUUUAAGCUCGUUAUCGGCCAAAGAGUUAGAGAGGAAAGGCGUUUGUCUUUUAAAGCUGCAGCUGAAGUCACGGCGGUCUGGUCUCUAUGGGCGAAUGCUAGCUACCUUUGAACCAAGAGUUAAGUCUGGUGAUAAAAAUGCCAAACCUGAACUGCCAUCUCACAACAUUACUCCUGGUGACAUCGUCGGGGUGGCUGAAAUGAAGAGCGAGCCCACAGACAAACCUCUGAUCACCGGCAUUGUGUCGCAAGUGACUUCCUCCCACAUUGCCGUGGCGUGUGAUGAGUCCCAGGACAUUUUUGAGCUGAAUGAAGACGAACUUUUCAAGCUCACCAAACUUGCCAAUGAUGUCACGUACCGCAGGCUGAAGGCAACUCUGAAUGAACUACUCAAGUAUCGCAGCGGGCCGUCGCAGAGACUUAUAGAUACUUUUUUCUGCUUGGCUGAAGUUUCAGAACCCAGUGGAGAUUUCCCAAUCACUUUCGUGAACGAGUCGUUGGACGCAUCCCAGAGAGAGGCUGUCCGCUUUGCCUUGAGCCAGAGAGAGGUGGCGGUGAUCCACGGACCCCCCGGCACUGGCAAAACCACUACGGUGGUGGAGCUGAUCGUGCAGGCGGUCCGGCAGGGCAUGAAGGUGUUGGCCACAGCUCCCUCAAACAUCGCUGUUGACAACCUGGUAGAAAGGCUGGCUGGAUUCAAACAGCGGAUAGUGCGGAUUGGUCACCCGGCUCGUUUGCUCACUCACUUGCAGAAGUUUUCUCUGGACGCGAUUGUGGCGGGCAGUGAGGAGAAAAGCAUCGUGAAGGAUGUCAGAACAGAUAUGCAGAAGGUUUUGAGCAAGAUGAAAAAGGCCAGAGGGCGAGGGGAGCGCAUUGCUCUGAGGGAGGAGAUGAAGCUGUUACGGCGAGAGGCCUCUGAACGGGAGGCAGCCGCGACGCGAGAGAUUCUCUCCCGGGCAGAUGUUGUGCUGGUUACGCUGACCAGCUCUUCGCCGGAGGGUCCGCUGAAGUAUCUGAAGGACGACCACUUCGACUUGGUGGUCAUCGACGAAUGCUCACAGGCCUUGGAAGCUGCGUGCUGGAUCAGUCUCCUGCGCGCCCCUCGUUGUGUCCUGGCCGGCGACCACCUACAGCUGCCGCCCACCAUCUUGUCGAAAGAGGCAGCAAAAGAGGGCCUGGAGCUAACCCUAAUGGAGCGACUGCUGAAAAUGCUGUCGGAAGAGAAGGGCCGCGACGUGGUGCGUAUGCUGACCACCCAGUACCGCAUGCACCAGGACAUCAUGAGCUGGGCCUCGGAGCAGCUCUACCAGGGCAAGCUGACCGCUCAUCCCUCAGUGGCCACGCACUUGCUUGGUGACCUGGAAGAAGUCGGAGAGAGCGACUCUGACAUGGCUGCCACGCCUCUGCUCCUCAUUGACACGGCCGGCUGUGACCUUGGCGAGCUGGAUCUGCCUGAAGAGGUCUCCAAGGGCAACGAAGGCGAGGCAGACAUAGUGGCGGCUCGUGUGGAGGAGCUGGUGGACCUGGGGCUGAAGCCUGUGGACAUCGCCGUCAUCGCUCCCUACAACUUGCAGGUUGACCUCUUACGGAUUCGUCUCUUGGGUCGGUAUCCAGAUUUGGAAGUCAAGUCAGUAGACGGGUUUCAAGGUCGCGAGAAAGAGGCAGUGAUCAUUUCUAUGGUUCGGAGUAAUUCCAACGGUGAGGUGGGUUUCCUGGCAGAGCGUCGGCGCAUCAACGUGGCGGUGACACGUGCCAGACGUCACCUGACGGUCGUCUGUGACAGCGAGACGGUCAGCCAUGACGCGUUCAUCAAGUCGCUCAUUGACUACAUGAUGGACAAAGGGGAAGUGUGGUCGGCGCAUCAGUAUAUCCAAGAUGGCAAAGUCAGUGGCACAUUCUCUCGACCAGCGCGACUUGUCGAUGCCAUCGAUCACGCUCCUCAGAAAAAGACGGAUAAAAGAAGUAAUCAGUCCUCAUCAAAGGCACAGCAAAGACCAGCAAAGGAGAAAACUCUGAAGUCGUCUGAGGAAAAAGCGGUAGAGUUCAGGAAGCAGCUGGAGCAGUUCCUGGCAGACCCAGGGCAGACCACACUCCACUUCCCCGCGUCGCUCAACUCCCACGAUCGUAUGGUUGUACAUGAGGUGUCCCAGCUUCUGGGCCUCUGUCACGUCAGUGUGGGGGAAGGCGAGGAGCGGCAUAUUCAAGUUUCAAAGUCCUCCUCCGGCCUCGUUGACGGUACAGUGAACACUUCCACAAGCAGUGGGAAUCUGACACCAACAGACGCCACUGCGGAUUCGUCAGUUGUUGAUGUUGACACAACGCCCAUGUGUGCAACUCCCUCGCACGGAGGUCAGCGAGAUAUGACUGGCUCACAACGCAGUGGCGGAACUGUUGGCAACGGCUCAUUCUCAAAUGAUAAUAAGCAAUCAUCUGGCACUGGAAAAAAAAUGUCAUCAGUUACUAGUGAUACUACCUGUCUUUCAGAUUGUAAAGAAGUUGAAUUACAUAAUUCAGAUAUGUGUGAUGGAGGAGACAGAGGUGUUACCGAGGGUGCAAGGACUAUUAUAGAUCAAGAUCAAGUCAGUCAAGAUCUUAUCUCACAUAAUGUUCAAAAUACGACGGAAAAGAAAGUGGAAAAAGGGAGAAAAAACAAUAAGGGUGUCCAAAAAUCGGGGGAAAAUGCGGGUAAAAUUGGGGAGACGUGUUUAGGAGCCAGUAGUGAGGCUGCGGUGGAGAAGUCAGCUUGUUCUGUGUGUGAGAAGGAAGUUCUUAAAGCCAACCUACCGUUACACGAACUGCAUUGUCAGCGACGAGUCAGAGCAGAGGCUGCGGGGUCCAGUGACGUAAGCUCAGGGGACAGAACAGGGGAGAGAAGUCAAGCGCAAGGGAAGCCAUCGUCGGCUAGCGUGAAAAAGAAAGACAUGCGUCUGAAGGAGAAAAAGAACCAGAAAGAAAAGGGAAAGCCGAAAGAAACUCACGUUCAAAAGGCAGCAGACGCUCUCAAGAAAAUCGACGACGACGAUUUUGAGGGUCUCAUCGCCAGCAUCACGGAGUUAGACAGCAAGUGCGCGUUCAAGAAGUGCAAGACGCUGACGAACACUCUGGGGAGACACUGCGACUUUUGCACGCGCCGCUUCUGCCUCAGCCACUUGAUGCCAGAGAUCCACGGAUGCGGAUCUGCGGCCAAGGAUGCGGCUCGCCGGAUCAUCAGCAGGGACGGCGUGCUGCACCAGGGCAGCGGCGUGCCCAACAGGAAGCCGGAUCAGACCAAGCGGGCGCAUUUGGAGAACAGGCUGGAGAAGAAGCUCGGAGAGAUGGCGGGACGCCGUUCCAAGAACUUGGAGAAGAAAAAGUCUUGACAUGGGUAGCUUUGAAAGAAGUCACUGCGCGAAGUGUGUGCCUCAUUCAUUGUUUGUUGAUCAUUGGGUACGUGAUUGAUGUGUGUAGUGGGAUGUGUGAAUGUGGUUUUGAGUUGGCUUGUGUUAAUGGUCACUGUGGUACAGUGUGCUCCUUCAAAUAAGGGUGCCAAGAACUCGGAGGAGAAAAAGUCUUGACAUGGGUAGUGAAAGAAGUCGCUGCGUGCCUCCUUGUGUGUUCAUCGUUGUAUGUGUGAUAUACUGUGUGAUAUACUGUGUGAUGUGUGAGUGUGGUUUUGAGUUGAUGAAUGUUAAUGAGCGCUCUGGUACAGCAGGCCAAGAACUUGGAGAAGAAAAAGUCUUGACAUGGGUAGUGAAUGUGGCUGCGUGCAGUGCGUGCCUCAUUGUGUGUUCACUAGUGGGUGGGUGAUUGAUAUAUGUGUGUGUAGUGUGUGAUGUGUGAGUGUGGCUUUGAGUUGUAGUACUACAGUGUGCCCCUUCUACUUCUGAAUAGUUUAUUUUUCUGUUGUCUUUAUCUGUGAACACCGUGAUUGAAUCAUUUUGUUACAUGCUGGUAAAGUAUGUGAAUGAUCCGCCCUCGAAUCUCCUGCUGAACGUUCUUAAACUUGUGUUAUUUAAUGAGGUUUCAUUAUGGCUCUCUCUUCACCCCCUUGACCUUAUCCUAUCAGUAUCAGAGAAGUGUGACAAAUUUGACAGUUGCGCCUAUUAUAUGAUCAUAUGAGCUUGUAUUGUGUUUAUGGUGGUGGGAAACCUGUACCAAACCAUACUGAAACUGGGGCCAUGAUUGUGCUGACUCAUCAUAAACUGCUUCUCAACAUUGGCUUUGAAUUAUAUUAUUAGUGUUGAAUACCUACCAGAUGAAAAAUUACAAUGGAUGCAGUAUAGGAUGAAGUUCCCCAGAAAAGCAGUUGGUUCUGUAUAGAAAGCCUUAAUCCCAGGCCUGUGUUUUUCUGAGAGGUCUCAUCAUAAUGUUGGCCAGCUCUGGCAUCGUAAGGGAAGAUGAUAACCAUUGGUCCUGUGCAGGUUGCCAGGCAAAUUUUUCUGGAGAGGCAAAAAACAUGUUCACUUAAUGAAUAAUUAUAAUUCUUCUAUGUUAAAACAUUAUUUUAACUUAAAAUUCAUCUGAGAUCAGGUUAAGGUGUUCAUAAACCUGUUCUAGAAAGUUUGAAUGGUUCAGGUUGAAAAGAAGCAAAGUUGUUUGACAAUACAUUCGUCUUUCUCGCUUACACUACUGCGUGGCUGCAGGUGAGCCUUGCGAUGUACGCAGAAACGACGAAUGGUAUGGUUGGCGUCGUUCUCCCUUACACAUAUAUUUAAACUUACACUCCUAAAUCGUUACGGGCAUGGGUGAUGGUCAAGUUGUGACGCAUCGUCGACAGUGAUGAUUGUGUACAGACUGUUACAAACAGAAACAAGAAGUUUCUCAUCCUAAGAUACGUAUUACAUAAAAAAGUUUGUGUGUUUGUAGAAGUAUUGAUUCUCAUCGUUUUCCCUCUGCGUUGAUUUAAACUUGAUUUACAGACUUA